AUGCAGCAGGCAGAGCAGGACGAGCCCAGAGCUCUGCUCUCCCACGGCCUCAUUCCCUCCAGCCCGGCCGGCCCAUCCAUCUCCCUGCGGCCACGGCUGCCAUGCCACCUCCCGGUAUCGAGCAGCAAGAUGAGAAGGUGUGAAGGAAACGGGGGCGCCAGGGACCAGCUGGCAGCCUUCUUGUCCACCAGCCUUGGGAUGCUCACACCCACAGAGGCCCAUUCCCUGCCCAUGACCAACUCCAGUUGGGAGCCUCGGCUGGGGACAUCGUUCCCAACAGACCAGUGUGCCAGCUCCGCCGAGGACCAAGCUGUGGCCAGGCCUCCUGGGGAGGGCCCCAAGAACCCGCGUGUGUCCGGCGUAAUGGUUCAGCUGGAGAUGAAGCCCUUGUGGGAGGAAUUCAACCAGCUGGGCACCGAGAUGAUUGUCACCAAAGCGGGCAGGCGGAUGUUCCCCACUUUUCAGGUGAAAAUCCUGGGCAUGGACACGCUGGCGGACUAUGCUUUGCUCAUGGACUUCAUCCCGCUGGACGACAAGAGAUACAGGUAUGCCUUCCACAGCUCUGCCUGGUUGGUGGCGGGUAAGGCUGACCCCGCCACCCCUGGCAGGGUACACUUCCACCCUGACUCGCCGGCCAAGGGUGCCCAGUGGAUGCGUCAGAUCGUGUCCUUCGACAAACUCAAGCUGACCAACAACCUGCUGGAUGACAAUGGCCACAUCAUCCUCAACUCCAUGCACCGCUACCAGCCACGUUUCCACGUGGUCUUUGUGGACCCUCGCAAGGACAGUGCCCGCUACGCCCAGGAGAAUUUCAAGUCCUUCAUCUUCACGGAGACCCAAUUCACAGCUGUAACAGCCUAUCAAAACCACCGGAUCACCCAGCUGAAAAUCGCCAGCAACCCCUUUGCCAAAGGCUUUAGAGAGAGUGACCCAGACUCCUGGCCUGUGACCCAGCAGCCACUGCUUGGCAUCCCAUCCCGGAGUCGUGGUAGCCUUGGUCCUUGCCUGCUGAAGGGCUCUGCAGAGAGGGAGAAGGACUCCAGCAGAACUUCAGUCUCCACCACCAGGAUCCCUGCCAGACCACAUCAUCAGCUCCUGCCCCCACAUGAGUCUCUGCUGGCCCCCACCACCUACAGGCCCCUCCCUUACCAGGGCCUGUACCCUGGAGCCCCAAGCCCCCUCAGAAUUCCAAGAGCUCGACAGGCACCAUACCCCCUUCCCAACAGCCGGGCAGAUGGGGACCAGGGAGACCUAACCCUCCCAACUGGGUUGGGGCUCCUGUCCUCCACUGCUGGGUGCCUGGGGCUUGGCCAAGACUCUCUGUGAUGAGGAAGCCCUCCUCCUCUGGAUGACACCCCUCCUUUUCUCUACAGAGAACCUUCUCUCCCAAGGAAAGCAGGGCAGCUGGAAAACCCAAAGGAGGCCUACCUACCUCGAAAGCUGGGCCUGUCGACCUUAGAAGCAGGCCUCCUGCCUGUCAUAUAGCACCCUGACUCCUGCUUCCCUCCUACCUUGAGGGGGACUCCUCCAAACCCUGCUUCACUUGUCUCUAAGCCCUAUAUUAAACCAUUUGACAUGGGUAGUUUCA